AUUUUAGCAACGAAUAUUUAAAUAGUAGGACGCGGCGGCAGGCCCCUUUCCCAGGCCCUGGCCCCAGAACUUGGCAGAAGCUGGACGUGCUCUCACAAGAAUCACAUUUGCAAGGGCAGCGCUAGCAACAGAUCCCUACUGCUGAGUUCUGGUUCAAAGCAGAGUUUGAUACUCUAGGGGUUAGAGCACCUUAAAGGCAGGCGCAAUGUCCACCGAGGUGGAGGAGAGCCCGGGGCGGCGCAUCGCAAUUGCAGUGGACCGUUCAGACGAGUCGGUGGACGCUCUGAAGUGGGCACUUGAGAAGGUGUGCCGAAAGGGGGACAAGCUGGUGGUCCUCCAUGCCACCUGUCCCUUAGAAGAGCCGCACAUUUACGAGAUGGACUUCAUGUUCCACAAGAGUCCGACCGCCUGCCACAUGCUGGAUGACCUGGCGCAGAAAGAAGAGCGGGAAGCCCGGGCGCUCGUGGAAAAGUGCAAAAAGCUUGCCGACCAGGCGAAGGUCCAAUGUGACACUCUUAUCGAGGAAGGCGACCCCCGGGAGGUGAUAUGUACUUUUGUGGCGGCAUACGAGCCGGACGUUUUGGUGGUGGCGAGCAGGGGUCCCUCGACGAUCCUAAACAGGGCGUUAUUAGGCUCCACCUGCGACUACGUGGUUAAACACGCAGGGUGUCCCGUUCUAGUUGCCCGCCCGACGUCUCACACUCUUGAAAAGAGAAAGAAGGACGCGCUGCUGCACGACAGAUUUGGGCUGACGUCAUGGGCUUGGGGGGGGCAGCCUGACGAGUCGGAGGAAGGAGGGUAGGGACCAGCUAAGUCUGGGUCCCCCGGAAAUACUACGUACGAAAAUGUGUACGACAUCAGACAUUAUAUCAAAGAAGACGGUGGAAGUAGGGGUUGCUCCUGCGUAUGGGGUUCUGGGGCCUAGGAUGAUGACUACCUCAGGGUUGCGGGUUGCGUCGCGGGCUUUGUUGGGAUCAUUAAGGGAUUCAGAUUUCGUAAGCCCGCAUUGUUUUUCAAUAGGUAUUGUACAGUCGAUGGAAAGAGGCCGGAUUGGCGGGAGGCAUGGCACUGGUUCGAAGUAUGUCCUCUAGCGCUAAGUAUCAGCACCUUCGACAAAUAAGUUUAUGAAAGUUCGUCAAGGUAAAUACAGUCGUUUCGGGUUGUUGCGUUGGCGUCAGAUUGUCCAGACGCGUGACGCAAAUAAGACGGAAGAUGUUGUAGUGUAUAAUCGUUUGUGUAAGAACGAUUCAACGUGUAAUUGACUGCUGGCAGCUCUAGUAGUUGAGCAUAGAUCAAGCAAGUAUGGGAAAGAUUAUAAAAGUUGCAAAGGGUUCUGGGAAUCAACUUCUAGUACUGACAUUAUCUAAGUUGACUGCAGCACGUUUCUGCGCUUCCGCUGCACUGGUACGUCCCGGUGGACGCAUCUGGACUGCCGAAUUUUGUGUGACGCUUUGUGGUCACCAUUACAUGAAGAAUUACC